CGAAGUCUGCCAAUCACGACAACGUUUAGCGCGACGGGCGAAAGGUCCCAUGCUUCAGGCUACUACGUGACAGGAUAUGGUUUGCCCCGAGUAGUGUCAAUUCAUGAUUGUAUACGCGGCUCUCUCCUUACAUUUCCCACAUAAACUAACAAAGGCGUCUUUUCGUCUCAAGAUUCAACAGCAUCCAAGGAAGAAAUCAAACCUACAUCAUGGCUCCCACAAAGGACGACUGCGACUGCCCAAGUCCAAUCCUAUGGGUAUUCCCCGAGCCCGGCAACCAGGAUCUGAUGCCUAGCAAGCACCCCCAAAGCUCUAGCUUCGAGAUCGAGCAGUACCUUGAGACUUCCGCUCACGUCCCACCUACUUCCGGCUUUGGCGCCGUCCCCGUGUACAUCAACGACGUUAUCGAGCCUACCUGGCCUUGGGAUUCCAACGUUCCCGCUGCCAAUCAUCGAAACCUAUACUGCAAGCCUUGUCAGCAGAAGAAUGAGGAUAACAUAACUCAGGGAGGGUUUGACUGGGAGUCUUGCUCUCUGACCAUCACGCUAGAUGAGAAACCGGGUCAUGGUGGAAUAUGGUCUACGAGCUUCGACGUGAUGGGAUCAGGCAUGGCUAAAGUCCCGAUCAAAUUUGAGUUCACGCCUGAGGCGGAUACCAUGGUCUGCGCCUUGGGUUUUCCUGGCACCCUGGAGGGAGGCCUCUCGCAGGCUUUCCCGGUUGUCAACAAGCAGCCACCAUCGGACAGAGGACGGCAGAUCUUCACAGAGAUUGAUCCUGAAGGGGUACCGUAUGAGGAUGAUAAGUUAGCCCCAUGGGGACUGCACUACAUCAUCGGCGUCAUGCUGGUGUUUGCGCUUUGCAUGGCGUUCUCUGCUCGGAUUUUCUGGCAGAAGCGGAAGCAAAGGAAGGCGUCGCAGGCUCUGAUGGCUCAAGCUGAGAGCGAUGGUCAGAUGAAUGGUAGCAAGACGAGAUAUACCGACGAUAUAUAGGCUGUUAGAUGCUCAACUGAGUGGGGUCGUCAUGCGUCCAACACGCUUGGGGAACAUAAUUGUAGCCAUAGUAGCGUUAUACGAUGCAUGAGGAUUCAACUCUUCUCCCAUUGAUAUAGCUCACUUGAUAUACAGCUGUUUCUGGCGUGGGUGGAGAAGUUGAGAGACAGGCUAAAAUUAGUAGUGCAGGUGUGGGGUGGGCUAGCU